AUGCAGGCACGCGAGAUCGAAGAGCCAAGCCAUAUCGAUGAGAAGGUACCGGAGAAGAACGCAUACAAGGAUGCAGACAAGGCACUCGAAUUUCUCCGCUUCAACGAGGACAGCGAAGAAGGUACUGUUGUUGCCAUUGACGAAAAGGCCCUCAUCAAGAAGAUUGACUGGAUGAUUGUGCCCAUCAUGUUCGCAUGCUACUUCCUCCAGUACCUCGACAAGUCUUUGUUAAACUUUGCCGCUGUCAUGGGCAUCAGAGAAACCGCGAAUUUGACGACCGAGCAGUACGGCACGCUAUCCUGGCUGUUCUAUCUCGCAUUCCUGGUCUUCGAGAUGCCACAUGCAUAUCUCAUGCAACGUCUGCCUGUAGCAAAGUAUCUUGGUGGUUGCGUAUGCGCAUGGGGUACAGUUGUGACAUGUACAGCGGCAUGCGACUCAUAUGCCUCCCUCGCCGUGUGCCGAUUCCUUCUAGGCACCUUCGAAUCAGCUAUCAGCCCUUCGCUUAUCCUCGUAACAUCAAUGUGGUACAAGCGCGACGAGCAGCCCAAGCGCAUUGGCUUCUGGUACACUGGCGUCGGCGCCGCAGUGAUGGUCGGCUCGCUUAUCUCAUACGGGUUUCAGCACUACACUGGCGACAAGUUUAACAACUGGCAGAUCAUGUACCUCGUUGUCGGUCUCAUCACCAUAUCUGCUGGCAUCAUCGUCAUUCUCUUCUUACCCGACAACCCAAUGUCAAGUAGAUUGACACACGAGGAGAAGGUUCUGGCAGUCUCGCGUCUCCGCGAGAACAACACCGGUAUUGAGAACAAGACUUUCAAGCCUUAUCAAUUCCGUGAAGCACUCCGCGAUCCACAGGUCUGGCUCUUAGCGUUCAUCACCAUCGCCGCGAGUAUCCCCAACGGCGCAGUGUCAUCGUUUCAGAGCGUUAUCAUCUCCGGUUUUGGGUUCUCGAACAAGGAAACUGCCCUCAUUCAGAUCCCGGGUGGCUUGAUCACGGUCGUCAGUACGCUUCUCGGUACUUAUAUCGCCGGCCGUUACAACUGUCGGGGCCUUAUGCUUGUUACCUGGGCUGCACUUGGCGGUAUCGUCGGCGGAGGUAUGAUCGCAUUCUUGCCUGAUAGUUCUCAGGCAGGGAGACUGGCGGGCAAUUACUUGACGAACAUGACUGGUUCCUUUCUGCCACUUGCGUACGCCUUCGCGGCUUGUAACUUUGCUGGACAUACCAAGAAAGUCACAAUGAACGCCAUUUUACUGAUGUCGUUCUGUCUCGGUAACAUCCUCGGGCCGUUGACGUUCCGCAACGAAGACGCACCCAACUAUACACCUGCCAAGAUCACGAUUGUGGCUGUCGAGGUCACAGUUCUAUGUGCUGUCGCAUUUCUACUUUUCUACUACCGACUCGAAAACCUCAGAAGAGAUACUGCAGGCAUCAAUCAUCAGACAGACGUCGAGUUCAGCGACAUGACAGACAGGGAGAACAAAGAGCUUCGAUACAAGUACUAGCCACAUAUCAACGAACUCUUCUACACUCAUACACAGGAAAACUUGGCUAACCAUUUUCAAGUAGCAGUCUCUGCGCGUGUCGCUAGCAUUCCCUGGUAGAUUGAUGUCCUCCCGAUCAUGUGA